GUGAGUGGCAAAGUAGGGCUCAUGAAUAAUAAUUACUUUGGGGCCCACGGAGGAGGUCCCGACGGAAGGGUGCGCAUGCGUAGCGCUCGGUUUCGGGUGGCGGUGACUUUAUUUUUUGGGGAGCCCCCCCGCCCCACACUGUCUCAUUUGUCGCCUCGGCUCGAAAGGGGAGGGGGUCGGUCUUGAGCUUCGUUGGUCGGUAUUCCUGAAGUCGAAUAGCAUGUCCAGCCGUGCCGCGCACCAGGAAGCGGCGACGGUGGCGGCAGCAGGAGCGGUGGCGGGGACAGCGGGCGCCGCGGAGCUGGAGCGGGGCCUGGCGGGCGCCUUCCCGUUGGUGCUAAAGAAGCUGAUGGAGAAUCCGCCGCGGGACACGCGCCUCGAUAAAGAGAAAAAGGAAAAACUUGAGGAAGAUGAAGCAGCAGCUGCUAGUACAAUGGCAGUCUCUGCCUCCCUCAUGCCUCCUAUCUGGGACAAAACUAUUCCUUAUGAUGGGGAAUCUUUCCAUUUGGAAUACAUGGAUCUGGAUGAGUUCCUGUUGGAGAAUGGCAUUCCUUCCAGUCCUAAUCACCUGGACCCAAACCAGAAUGCACUUCUGCCUGUGGCUGAGCUGGAAGGAAAAGAAUCUGUCAGUGCUGCUUCUGCUUCCGCUUCCCCAUCGUCCUCAUCUUCCACAGUGGUUUUCCAGCCAUCUGAAUCUACCACAAGUGCAGAAUCUUCACCAGAUAGUGAGAGACGGACACCUAGUCCCAUUGAUCCAGACUGUGUUGAAGUUGAUGUGAAUUUCAACCCUGACCCUGCUGAUCUAGUGCUGUCUAGUGUGCCCGGAGGUGAGCUCUUCAACCCUAGAAAGCACAAGUUUGCUGAAGAAGACCUGAAACCACAACCCAUGAUUAAAAAAGCCAAGAAGGUCUUUGUUCCAGAUGAUCAAAAGGAUGAAAAGUAUUGGACAAGGCGGAAGAAGAAUAACGUGGCAGCCAAACGAUCUCGUGAUGCUCGGCGCCUGAAAGAGAACCAGAUUACAAUCAGAGCUGCCUUUCUGGAGAAGGAGAACACAGCCCUGAGGACUGAGGUGGCGGAGCUGCGGAAGGAAGUGGGCAAAUGCAAGAACAUUGUCUCUAAAUAUGAGAGCAGAUAUGGACCCUUUGACUUAUCGGAUUCCGAGUGAUGCAACUUUAAAGACUUUUAAAAUCACAAAGAAACUAAAAACUACACAUGAAACCACCUGUCGUCAGAGUGAACAAUGAAAAGAUGUUGAGGCAUUCUACACAAACCACUGGUGAUGACCCUGCUUUCCUGCAAGUACCUCAUCUGAACUACCCAAGGGCUGAGCAUGAUGAAAAGGCUAAGGUCUCUAAUGCUACACUUCUUUGGUACUGCUAUUUUUUCCCUCGUAACCACAACUUGCAGUACAACUAUUAACACUUUUCAACUACACUUGGUGCUCGUGUCCUUGAGUUCAGUUUGAUAACUUGAAUAAGUAGUGGUUUUGGGAGGUGAUCCUUUGAUGGGAGAAAGUAGGAAGUCUUAACUGAAAAUGGCUUAAGCUAUAAUCCUUCUAUAAUUAUGUGGGUUUUAAAAAAUCUGUUCUGUGCUUUAGAACAGAGAUUAAUUUUGCAACUAAAUUCUCUUAAGCUGUUGUACAUUUGGAGAAGAAACAGCAUAUGUAGAAAAUGGGCUAACAAGAAACUCAUUUUAGUACACGAUAUAAGUGAUAUAUUGACUUAAAUUGAAGUAAUAGGAAAUAAGGACCCCCAAGAUGUGCUAUACCUUGACAAAUGCUAGCAAGAAGGAUGCACCUUAUUUUCUCAGCUGACAAAAGCCAACUUGUAUACUAGAUUUCUGAAGUUAGCACUUUCUCUUAAGCUUUCUGUCAUUUGACAGUACUGUUUUAAAAUGAUUAUGUUAGUAAGAGUCAUUUUCACAAUCUACUCUUCAUUCUAUUUGUAAGGCAUUUUUAUUUCCUUGUAUUGAUAAAGAUAUUUUAGCUAUAGCUGUGUAAUGAGGAGCAGGGAAUGGAGAUUGUAAAUAAAAUGAAUUUGGGUUGUAAAAGAAGGGAGACUCAGUUACAGAGUUUCACCCUUCUUUUGUUAUAACCUACAUGUGGGAGGAGAGAGACGUGAGCGCUCAAAGUUUCAUUUUCUUUAGAUUAUUGAAACAUAUGUUAUCAAACUCUUCGUUGGGUGGUCUUCUUUCAGCAUGGGGGAGGGCCCUUCUUGUUGCCUCAACAGCAUACCCAAUGCUGACUGUCAGUUAUUCUUCCUGGCACUCUCUAGUACUAGAGGACAGAGUUGGUAGUUGUGUUUCCCCUUACUACUUCCCUCUAAAGCAUAUUUUGGAUUUCACUGAGUGCCUAACUUAGACUUGGACUCAUGGACAUUGGACUCAUGGACCUGAAACAUCAGAUGGAGCACAGUGGAAUAUAUUUUAAGUACAUGCCUACGAGGUAGCAGAAACUAUACAGAUAGGCCAUGUAGGUAGCAAUGUGAGAUAUGGAAACAGGAUUUCCUUUGUAGAGUUUUUAUCAAUUCUCUAGAAGUGACACACUGAGCAUGAUUUAUGUGAAAUUUAUAAUGGCAUCAAAAACAUAAUAUAUGUCUAGUAAAAUACUAUAGGCCCAUGGUUUUAUUCACUGUAAUAUAACUGGCAGAAAAGGGAGAGGAAUAUGUGGAUAUAUUUACAAAUAAGUAUCUUGUUCUGAUCAAGGACUUUUGAAAGCCUUUAAAGAGUAAGUGCCUCAUUGUGCCAUGAUGCGUUUGAGGAAUAGGAGAGCAGUUGGGGAAGCAGACUGCUGAGUGGGCAUGCGUUUUGCCAAAUGUUUACCCAAAUUGUUCCCAGAACAAAAGAUGUACCAGUGUGUCACAGAACCAUUAUGGCUGGAUCAGAAGGCUUCCAUCAGUGGAUAAAGACCAUGCAGCAGAGAGGUUCCCAACCUGUGGUACUCCAGAUAUUGCUGAACUACAAUUCCCAUUCAUCCCUAGCCACAAUAAAUUGUAUCUGAGGAUUGUGGGAGUUGUAGUUCAGUAGCAUCUGGAAUACCACAGGUUGGGAACCCCUGAUGUAGUGAACAGGGCUGUUGGUUUCAGAUUCAAGAACUGGAGCUGACAGGCAGAUCUUGACAAAACAAUGGUGGUAGAUUCGGUUUUGGAAAAUUCUGGCCUAGCUUUCUGUUUCAAUGGAAAAUCCCAGCAGAGUUAAGAAACCACAAAUUUUUGUUCAAGAGCAGGUGUUAAUUGUCCGUUAUAUAUAAACAAACUCCAUGUUGUUUAAAAUUCAUUGAUUGUGUACUGUUAGAAUCUUUAAAAUAAUAUGUGAAAGAAUUAGGAUGAACAUUAAAUAUAUGGGUGGGGGAAUCCAUAUACCAGCAUCUUAGGGCUAGUCUAAAUGAUGUGCUGUAUUCUCUGUAGUUUACAUUCAGAUCCAGAUUUCCAAUAUUUUGUUUUUAUUACAUUAAAAAAAAAUUUACAACUGGCUGAACCCACACAGAGCUUCUGCAUGCUGGUACUUGAUCCCCUCAGCCCCUGCCACAGCCCUCUCAUCCCAGAGACUUCCCCACCCUCAUCUGAGCCCCGCUCCUGCUUCUCCUCCGUUGCUUCCAACAUGCCAUUCCCACAACUUUGGCGUCCAUAUGUCAUUCAGCCCCUCGCUCCUACUCCAGGAGCCUCCCAACUUUCCCGUCUUCCUUUUAUUAGGUCUCUAAACUCCCCAUUCGCUCUUUCCCCUUUGUUUUUUCUUUCAUUUACUUUCUUUUUUCUCGCCCCCUUUCAUCCUCUCCCUUCUUUCUUACUCUCUGCCCCUCCCUACUUUUCUCUCUCUCCUCCCGUCUCUUCCCAUCUUUCUUCUCCCCCCCCCCCACUUUAUUUCUUCCUCUCCCUUUCUGUCUUUCUUUCUCCCUCCUUUCUCUCUGCUCCCCUCUCUCUUCCCUUCCCUUGUGGGUUGUUUUGCAAGCCUCUGUGCACAGGGGCUGGCUACUCUCCUUAGUCUCCUAGGGAGGGUGUUGCUUGGAAACCCUGCGAUUGCAAAGUCCCCCUCUGAGUGCACAGGAACUUGUCUGUGUAAGUGCUGAGAUAGAGAGAGAUGCAGAAAGCGGUUGGCUCAGUGGCAUUCUUGGGCUCCGCUGCUCUCCUCAAGACCCAAUAAUCUUCCCCACUCGCCUUGAGUGUGAGGGAAGGGUCGUGUGUUUUUAUUUUGGGGCCUCACAGCUGCCACCAUCGGCACAGACCCGCAUCUCCACUUAUUGCCUGCGCUGCUUUCACUCCCUUGAGUGUGGCUUUUGGGGGGGGGGGGUGUUUCCACUCCUUGUUGCCAUUGGCCAGUCUCUUCCUGAUUUCUUGCCCAGCUCCACAUUUUUUCCUAUGGAGAUGCCUGCUGACUGCUCUCCUCAACCCCCAGUAAUCCCCCCUCCCUUGAAUGUGUGGGGAGGGCCAUGUGCUUUUGUUUUGGGGCCUUACUGCCUCCUGAUCUGUCAUUUGGUCGGUAGGCGGGCCCACAAAAGGAGCUUUCUCCUUCAUCCCCGCCUCGGUCUCCCCUCUUUGCCGCCCGCCUCUCUCUGUCUUUUUCCAGUGCCCCCCUGUCUGCCUGGCCCUGGAAUCUCGAGAAAGGCUGAGCAGAGAGAUGAAGGCAGGAGCCACAGUGGGGGCUGGAAGAUGGCAGUUGGGAGUGGGGGGAGGCGCCAGCAACAGCAGGAGGGGAAAAUGCAGCGGGUCUUGCUGAGCAAGCAAGGCAGAGAAGUAAAGCGCCACUGUGUCCUCCUGAACCACUUCUCCCGUCUCUGGUUCCCAACCUGUGGGUGGUUGUUCCUCGACUCCCGUUUUUCCCACCCACCCUGGCCUGAAAUGUACCUUGGCGCUGUGCUCUCCCCAUGACAGCGCUGCUGUAGGAGCACCCUCAAGAGUUAUUGUUGCCACCACUACGUUAAUCCGCCCCUGACUGGAAGACAGGCAGGUGGGUGGUCACUUCCCACUUCCUCGGGGAGUCCGCCCUCCCUCCUCCCUCCUCUUCCUCCAGAGACACACUUGGGGCUUGGCCUCUCUGCUCACUCUCUCCUCCCCACCUGUUGCAGUUUUGCAGCCUCAACUUCCUUGCCCCCCACCCGUGCUCCCUCUUUUCCUCCCUUCCCUUUCUCCUUUAUUUUUGUGGAGUUAGGGUUAAAGAGUCACAGUACCUACCCCUUCCCCUCAGAGACAGAAGGCAGUUCACACAGUGGCAUUCUUGCACUCCAUUGCUCUCGGUGGGAUUGGUCGUGGCUGCUGUGAGGGCGGGGCUUGCCAUGGGCCUAAGGCUUUUAGAGAGGGGGGGGGAAGGGGUUAUUCACAUUAGGUCAUAAUCGCUGAAUUUUCCAGCCAUACUCUUCUGCAAAGAUGGUACAGUUGGCCACUGGCGUAAUAAAACAGUGGCUAACAUCCAGACUAAUGUUAUGCAUGCUGAGUAACUUUUGUGUGCAGCGGGGGAGGGGUGAUCUUCACCAACCCCUUUCCCUCUGUAGACCACUAUGCCCCCCUCCCACUCCUGAAAAUAUGUCCUUGAUGGUCCCACAACCCUCGGGGACAUUUUCAGGAGACAGAGUGCUGGGAGGAUUGGUAAAAACUGCCCUUCCCUCACUGCACACACAAAAUAUUGUUCGACAUGCACAACAUUAGUCCAGAUGUCUGCCAAUAUUUCUUUGAUUCUGACAUUAAACUGUGUUUGCAGAAAUACUGUAACCAUUUUAGUUUUAUUGUGUACCUUCAUACCAUUGGAAAAACUUGCAGUAGUGUUGGUGGUUUCUGAUCUGCAUGUAAAAAACCUCUAGCAGUACACCAUACUAUAUUUUAUAGUGCAGUCUUAAAAUGAUCUAUAUAGCUGUAUUUCAGUCACACAGAUUAGCCAUUUGCUGCAGUUGAAGUUGAAAAUUAUUAAAGCUUAUUUUGUACUAGGCUACAAAUUAGUGCAAAAGUUACAUGUAUGAGUUAUACCUUUAAAAAGGUUGCAUCGCUUUCCAAAUUGAAAUAGUUUUCAUUCUUAAUUCUUCCUUCACGUCUCAUUUGUUCUCUGCUGAGACGUCAUGUUGCUUUAGAGCUUUCUGUUCCCUCAAUGCAUUGUCCCUUUUCUGUAUGAGAUAAGUAUAACUCAUGGCUGUAAUUAGACCUUUUACAACCUGUUCAUCUUGGUAACUGGUUUCUGGAAGUGGCAGUAUAGAAGAAUAUUCUUAAUUUGCACUAAUGGGUAGAGUUGUUUGUUCAAAAAUGGUAGGGCAGGAUGCAUGCAGUAAAUUGCACAAACUUUUCUGUCUACUAUUUAUUCCAUUAAUAACGGAAUGACUGUUUAUAGAAAAUUGGAAUGCAGUCUAUGUAAUUACAUAACUUACUAGGAGCAGUUUGUGGGCAACGGUGAGCUGCGUUUGGAUAUGCAUUGAGCAACCAAGAUACAGGGAUGACAUUUAAAUCUAAGUAUUGAGGAGGAAAAAUUCUAUACCAGCAAAUAACUUUUUGCAUAAUAGAAAAUUUGUUAAGAUAGUCUUAAUCUUUGUAGGUAAUCUUCUGGUAGAGAAUAAAAUACCCAGUUGAACUAGAUUCCACUCAUAAUACAUAAUUGUUGGGUGUGUGUUUAAAAAAAACACACAUUUAGGAUCUAAUCCCUCUGGUCAUAUGUAAGAAAGCUCUCCUUUAACAUGAAGAGACUUUGCAUAAGCACAGUCUCUGUUUAGUUGGCUUUGAAUUCUUGAAUGUUAGUGUGAGGUUUAUGCUUCCCCAGUAAUGAGUUAAGGACAACUUGUGGUUCUUUUGUGGUCUCUGUGCCAGUUUCAUGUGAAUUUUGAUGGAGUUUUUCCUUUCCCUUUACUUGGUAUCAUUCAUUCUUGAGGUAAUGGAGACAUUUACUUAGUGGUGUGCAUACUGAAACCUUUAUAAGCUUUGAUGUUAAACCUACAAUAUUAAUAUUGGUUGCUCUUUUGUGUAACUAUUAAACUUCCAAUGUCUUUGAAGUUUGGUUAUUUAAAAACCCUUUUCUUUGGCAUUUCUCCAUGUUACUCCUAUGUUGUGCUGUCUGGAAUAACUCAGGCGUUCUAGAUGUAGAAGUUGCACGUGGUAUUUGGCUAGUAAACAGUUGUUUCUGUCAAGUUGUAGUGGAAGAGAAAUGGUAGUCAAAGUGUGCAGGAUAACAGUUAAACUGUUAGAGCAAAUAUGGUCUUGAUAAGAAGAAUUGGUAGGAGGAAUUGCUAGUUAGCUGUGUUUCUGUGUAACUCCCAAACAGCUUUGGACCAUUAGCUCCUAGUUAUUUAAAUCACUAUGCUCCCCACUGCAAAGAGCUUGAAGGUCUUUAAAAAUGGGAGUGCUUUAAUUCAUCCAGAAGAGGUAGCUCAUAGCUGAACAAAAUUGAGUUGUUCCUUCCUCUUUUACGGUAACAAUAAUUUCAUGAUAAAUGGGACCUUUACUCAGGAACAAGAUAGAUUACCUUGCUUGCUCUGGAGGCACUUCUGUGUUGAAGAAAUGUGUAGAUCAAGUUUGUCAUACACCUAAAAAUGUUGAGUAUGAGUGUGACAAAUGUGUUUGUAAACACAUGGAUCAUGUAGAUACAUAUUUUAAAAAAAUACUUACAUCUAGCUUUUACAUGCAAUCAUCUCCACUCAUCCAGGUAGUCUCCCAUCUAAGGUUUUGAUCAAAUCUGUACCCACUUAGUUUCAGCAGUGCUGCAGCAUCAAUCAGCUACUCAUAGACCAUUCACAAUGUCCAAUACAGAUACACUUAACAGGGGGCAAUGAUUGGUGUAAUUCUCUGUGGCAAAUCCAGUUUUAGCACUGCAUAAUGUGUAAAAUGCUCUUCAAUUCUGCUCUUGCAGUUGUAAUGCUAAUGAAUUGUAAUGUUUAACUUAUUGCUGUCCUUUCACUGAAAAUCAGAUACAGGGAGAAGAGAAAUGUCAUAUCCAUGGAUUAGUGAGGCUAGGUUGGAAACCAUUUUACAACAUUCAGUUCAAAUGUACCUAUUCCUUUCCAGAGUUGAGCUCUUAAAAAAAAAAAAAAAAGGUUUGCAUUAGGAGAUAGCUGUGCAUGGUAUUGAUUUGGUAACAAUGCAGAUGCCAGCCAGACACUACCAUCCUAUCGCUGGAUAUUUUUAAAAAACACUUUUUUCCUUUUUAAAACAAGGUGACAAGUACAUUUAUAAAUGUACAUGCUAUGUUUUAACAAACCUAUUAAAAGACAGCCUGUUCACCAGAAGCAGGAAUGGAAAGGGGACAGAGUGACAGUUGAGUCAGCAUUCGAUACACAUCUGCAGUUUAAAUUGCAAAGCAGGGAGGAAUCCAGACUCACUCCAUGACUGAGAGAUGAGCUCUGUAUAGUGUGCCGUAGAGUCGGUGUCAACUCCUGACAACCACAGAGCCAUGUGGUUGUCUUUGGUAGAAUACAGGAGGGGUUUACCAUUACCAUCUCCCAUGCAGUAUGAGAUGAUGCCUUUCAGCAUCUUCUUAUAUCACUGCUGCCCAAUAUAGGUGUUUUCCAUAGUCUGGGAAACAUACCAGCGGGGAUUCGAACUGGCAACCUCUGGCUUGCUAAUCAAGUCAUUUUCCCGCUGUGCCAUUAGGUGGCUCUGUACUCUCGCUCUUUUUACAUAUUAUGUUUGUCUUCAUCCUCCUGUUUCUGAUGUAUUAUAGAACAUAGCGCAUUUCUGGAAGAUUCUGUCAAAAAUCUUGAAUGAGUGUGACUAUGGUCCUGAUAAUACAGGUACAUUGGGCACUGUUUUUUUCUUAGCUUUGCAAUACAUUUCUCUUGUUCAAAUUAUAGAAGUGUAUGAUGUCACUGGUGAAUGGAACACUGCAAGAAAAGAGGCAAAACAAUAUGAGAGGAAUGGGAAAAUGAAGUCAAGAGCAAGACACUUCUUUAACCAACAUGCUGAUUCUAAAAUCUUUGUCACUGCUAGAUCCAUUGCUUGGUUGGGUUCAUUUAUGAUUGCUUUUGAUUUAUAAAAACUUAAUUUUGACUUUUUUAAAAAAAGAAUCUUUUUUAAAAAGUGUUUUCAAGUUAUAUCUGAUAUAUAGGAAUGAAACGUUGAGAAUUCUCAGGCAAUUCUCUUUGUAAUUGACUAAGCUGUACUCAACCAAUAUUCACAUAAAAGAAAUGAAGAUAGCAAUAAGGCUCUAAUGAUAGUGCAUUUUGCCCAUUGUCUAAUUAUUGACUUGUCAGUAUAAUUUAUAAAUAUCGAAAUAGCAAGGGAUACCUUCUUACCAGAGGAGUAUUGAAUUAAAUCUUUCAGGUCUUCAGUAUGGGAGUUUGUUUCUGUUCGUUAAAUGGAAGGGUAACCAUCUCACAAGAAAAUAGUCUUUAUAUGUCGAGUUCAUGAAACCUUUAAUAUGUAAUGAUACCUUAUCCGUAACCAUGAGCUCCCAUAUUUUGUCAAACCACUUCUUUUCCAUGUUUUAGAUAGUAUGAAUUUUGCUUCCAUUAAAAGUAAACCAGUUAAUUCUUCAUGAAUUGAUUCUGAUGUGAGAGCUGUAAUCUGGGUCAUAUUUUAAAUUACUUUGUGGUAUAUAAUAGUAGUAUUUGACAAAUAUAACUAACUCUUAAAAUAAAUGAAACUAAUGUUUCCCCCAUACAUCUUGUCAACUAAUGCACAUGUUUCUUGCUUCUGGGUCCUAGUAAUGCCACCUUGUGAACAUUAUCUGAAUUUCUCAACAAGGCAGCCUCCCAGCUGAGGGUAAAAGUUUUCAUUUCAUUUUGUUUGCUGAACUGGGAUAACAAUUAACAUGUUCUGAAGCAUCAGUUGGUAGAAUGUUUAGUAGAGUCUAGGAAUCUUGUUUUCAUGUUUGUGUCUAAGAUAUGGUGAUUAACAUGAUUAUUGGAAUACUGUAUUUUGUAUAACAAAGAUGUAAAUACACUUUACUAUUAAUCUCAGUUCACAUGGAGUAAUAAGUGCUUCCACUGUAACCUCUGCAAACUUUGUUGAAGAUCUUUAAUGUAGCAUGGCUUGAGAAUUUUUUCUUAGAAAACUGCAGAAAUCAAAGUUACAUUGAUGUAGAAUUCUGGCUUGUGAUGCUUUCUAUUUACAAAAUGUUUAAUAAACCACAGAGGCAGAGAAAAUGAGAACUGGCAUGGAAAGUAUUUCCUUGAUCACUGAGUUUGUUCAUAAUAGUACUCAAUCCUAUUUGGAGGCAAGCCAGCCUGCCAGUUUCCCCAUGUAUGGCUUCUUGAUGGCAAAAAGCACACAGCGAUUUCAGGAACACAACAUUUGCUGUAUUUUGUCUUUAAAUACAGUGAUCUUUGAACUCUUUAAUCAGUCUGCAGUGAAUCAUCAUUCAUGAUACCAUAAAUUAGGUUUAUGGUGUCUUAUCCUUUAAAGAUGCUGAGCUCGUCAUCUGUCACAUUUUGUGCAUGUAUAUUCCCCUGUCUAAUCAAACAUCUCAGUAAAUGAACAUUUACUAACUUGAUAGAGGAGUGUUUCACUGAAUGCUUCAUUGGCCAUUCAGAUGUUCUACAGAACUGGACAGAAAUCUGGGCUAGGUGAAUUGGGGAAAUUUACAUUUUGUCCUUCAGUCAGUGUUUUGUAUUGGGACCCGUUGUACUUGGUGAGGCUGUCCACUCAAGUAGCCAAACCCAGGCUUGGGCAGCCCUCCUUGGGUUUCGUUGCUCGUGUGCAGGGUUGGGAUUACAGGCAAUCCCGGCGCUGCCUCCCCUGCAAAUCCGGGAAUUUGCCCCAGGCUUUAACUUUGUGUUAAAGGAUGUGAGUGCGCCCUUUACCCCCAGUUUGGAGUCAUGAAUAUGCUUGAGCACCUGACUCGCAAGGGAACCCCCCAGUGCACUGUGCUUGUCACACAGUGCAUUGUGGGAUUUGUGAAGACCAGGAAAAUGAGCCCCAGCCUCCAGAGAGCUGUGCUGCACAGAGCAACAUUGAUUGUGUGGACAUGCAAUGGCACGCCGAAGAGGAUAUCGCUGAUUGCCUGGGGGAAGGUAGGUCCAUCCCUGCCCUUCCUAUCCCUAUCAUGGUUGUAAAUGACCUUGAUGUGUGUUCUGUGGUGGUGUUUUAUUUAGAAAAAGUAACUUCUGAUACCCGCUUUCAGUGGCAUGUUAUUGAAAUAGCAAUAUAAAACAUCUGUUUGUAAAGUAGAUAGACUGACGUCCAGAUUAAAUGCUCACGAACCUGUUGAAAGUCGUGUAACAAGUUAGCCACAGAUAACUUAUCCCAUUACUUUUAGUGGGGCUACUCAUGAGUAACUUGAUCUGGAUGUCCGCUAGAGUACUUCUUCGAAUAUCUGUUCCUAAACAAAUGAGAUACCUGCUAUGUAGCCGUGUUAAAGACAUUCAGUGAAUCUCUUCUCCUGCUAGACUUUUCAGAAGUUUGAGUCUUGAACUGCUCAAGAGUUUCAUGAGUUGCUCUCUAGUGGCCAAUUCAGUAUGAGGGAGUGUGGUCUGCUCUUUAUUUGAAACAACCAAUGAUAGUUUUCAGUUCCGUUCAUUAUAUAGGGAAAAUUAGUCUGCCCUGUGCACAACAAAACAUGUGUUUAUAUUUAAAGUUUGUAUUGCUGUAUGCUUUUAAUAUUUUCUGUAUUUUACCCCUUUGGUGUGUCGAAUGUGUGGUGGGCAAAGUUGUUUCUGUAUAUAGGUUUUGUAGAGCAGUCUGUAAAAUGCUUUUGACUCUUGUAUUAAAGGCACUAUAAUAAGGUAAUAUUGUAAUUUGUAAUUAUGUUUGUAAAAACUUCUGGGUAAAACUGCCUCUUACCAUUCGUGUUUUGCAUCUACAAAUAUUCUGUCCCUGCUCAUUUUUUGUAUACCCUAGUGCUUGAUGGAUGACUGUUGAAAGUGCUUAAAUGAUAGUUGUGCUAAGGAAAGGUCAUUUCCAUAUUCAAGGCCUACCUGGCAUUCCUUUAUAUUUCCAUUUCUUAUACUUUUUUAAAAUGAUAAAACUAUGUGGAUAUGAACUCUGGUUGUGGAAACCAGACUGGAUUUUCUAGGUAUAUUAAAGCCUCUCUGCUAAGUCUCUCUCUCUCUCUCUCUCUCUUUUAAUGCUCUUGUUUUAAACAUGUAAAAUUUUGAGUAUUGAAUUCUGUUAGUAUUUGCCUUUAAAGAAAAAUAAAGUGUAUAUUCUACUAA